UUCUUACACUAUUGGCAAUUAUUUGGCUUGUUUUAAGGAAAAACUCACUCCAUUUAUUUUCCUUUGGCUUAGUGCUUUUAUUAAUCUGGGGCCGCCACAGCGAAAUGAACCCCCAACCCAUCCAGCAUAUGUUAUAUGCAGCAGAUGCCCUUCCAGCUGCAACCCAUCCCUGGGAAACAUCCAUACACACUCAUUCACACACAUAUGGGCAAUUCAGCUUAUUCAACUCACCUAUACCACGUCUUUGAACUUGUGGGGGAAAGUGGAGCACCCGGAGGAAACCCACGCGAACACAGGGAGAACAUGCAAACUCCAAACAGAAAUGCCAACUGACCCAGCCAGGGCUCAAACCAGCAACCUUCUUGCUGUGAGGCGAUUGUGCUACCCACUGUGCCACCGAAAACUCAUUUUGCAAUAUUAUUUCUUAAAACAAGACAAUAUAUUUUGCUUGUCUAGAAAAUGCUUCUUGAAAUAAGAUUUUUUAGAAAUUUGGACUAGAAACGAAGAAAAGCAUUUUUGCAGUGUAAAAAAUAUAUUUUUUUUUAAUGACACCUCCACAUCACUAGAAGGCGCUGACGAGGACAUAAUAAAGACUGAAGACUUCAGUGCAACGUGAAGAACCAUUGAUUCGCGGAAUUUUCAAGCCACAAAGUUGAGCUGCAGUUUAUUUAUCUUCUGAAAAUGGACGAGGAAGAGGCGCAAAAUCAGAGACUUAAAGCUGCUGUGCAUUACACUGUCGGCUCUCUCUGCCAACACAUCGCUGAGGACUGCGAGAAACAAAUCACCAAACAGACAAUAGCGGCUAUAGCGGAGACUGCGUUCGGGCAGUGCGACAUUUUUGCCAAGGACUUGGAAGCAUUUGCGAGGUAACCCUCACGAAACACCGUUACAGUGGACGACGUGAAACUUACAGCGAGGAGAACCACUGCACUGUACAACUACAUUCAACAAAAAAGCGAGGAACUGGCUUUGAACAACCAGGAAUUGAAGAAGAGGAAGAAAAAUGCUGCUAAGAGGAAGAGUAAAGACAUGGAAGCAGAGGAGAAUGAUGUUGAAGAUUGAUCAAGAUACAUGUACAAAAUUAUUUUUUCCUUUAGUUGUGUAAGUUAUACUGCCUUGAAUAAAAACAGCUAUGUAGAUAUGUAAACAAUUAAUCACAUUAAAUACUUUUCACCAAUAAUUUUGUCUUACUCAA